AUGCGACCAACAUUCAACGAACUGAACACAAUCAACCAUGCUUCCUUUCAUCUUCAUGACAAUGACCAAGUGCUAGAAAAACUGGAGCCUAUUAUAAGACUCAUACGUCGUGGAAAGCAACUACCAGUGCGGAAAUUGAGCUUCAAUAUCAGGAAGCUAUCAGAUGGUAACCCCAAGACUGGCUCCCAUGACGAGCCUCGCUGGGCUAGACUCCAAAAUCUAGGAUGUGAAACAGCUGUUCUCUGCAUGAUCGCUUUUAACAGCUUAGCCACUUUGGCUGGCGAUGAGUUUGAAUGGCUACUGGAAAACGUGCAGAGAUACCUGGCAAUACAGAGUCUUCCUUGCGGUUGGAUAGCUUCGGAGCAGAUUAGGCAGGUUAUGGCACGCGCACUGAGACAACCAAACACACUUUCCUUCCUCGAAAGCUAUCAUAAGCACGAAUUCCAAAUUAGUGAUAACAAAGAGCAACAUGUCAGAAAACGAACCGGCGACGAAACACCUCCAGAAUGGAAAAUGAGCACUGGACACCACCCCCGAAUGGUGAAAAUAGAGGUGAGAAGACACAAGUUCAACUAUAUACAUGAAUCUGACGAUAUUAUAUGGUUUGCAGAGAUGAAAUACAUGUUCUCGAAUGCUCCUGCCGGUAUUAUUUCAACCUUACCGGAACCGUUUAAAAAGGCCGUCGAGAAUAGCCAGCUCUGGAAGUGGGAAAGAAAGCACAGAUUGACGAAAACAGGGUGUCUGGGUACUUUGUUCCCAAGGGAUGAAAUGCAGGACGUCUCCUUGACCAUUUGA